AUGGAGGAAUGUCUUGUUAAUGAACUAGUACUUGACAGAAUUAAUCUAUCAAAUUUAAAUUAUUUAUGUUGCUUAACACCAGAUACCAAAGUGAAAAAAUUAUGGCUGAGAUUUUGCCAACUUAAAGAUAAAGGAGUUAACAAUCUUUUGGAUAUUUUGGAUGAGACAAGAAGAAAUACACAAUUGAAUUCAUUGUACUUAGAUUGCAAUAGUAUAACGUGCAAAGGAGCAAAACAAAUAGCACAGGUUUUAAGAACUAAUAGAACAUUAAAAUCACUUUCAUUGGCAAGAAAUUUGAUUAAGGAUGAAGGGGCAUUUGCUUUAGUUAGUGUUUUAUCAACAUUUCAACUCAAUGAUUAUGAAAUCAAUUGGAAAUCUAAGCAAGAACAACAGAGCAAUAGGCUCUUAGAAUAUUUGACUGAUAUUCUAUCUCAAAAGUUAAAAGAAAAAACUAUUUCAUCAAAUGAUAGUAAUAACAAUGCUGUGUUAUCAUCAAUUGAAGCGGCUAAUUUGAAACAAAGGGCUGAAAGUAUGAUUGUCCCACACACGCACCCAUAUUUAACAGGACAAUUAUUAAAGAGUGGUUUGAGUUAUCAUAGUCCAGGAAAUUUUAAAAUUGCAUAUUUAAAUAUUUCAUAUAACCAGUUUAGCUCAAACAUUUUAAAUGUUAUAGAACAAAUAAUUCAGUAUCAGCAAAAAGUUUGUGUAAUUAAAGAAGGACUUAAAAAUUUAAAAAUUGAAGGGUUUGAUAUGAAGCAAAUAGAAAGGAUAAACAAACUAAUUGAAGGAAAGCUACGUCAAGAAAAUAGGAAUAAAAAAUUUCACUGA